CGGGGAGGGUGGGUGUGCUCGGGGCGCGCGCGCCGCCGCCGCCGCCGCCUCUGCCCGCCGCGCCGCCCGCGCCGCCUGCUCCCGACGUCGGCCCCGGCUCGCCACUGCCCCAGCGGCCAUGGGCGGCGUGGAGCCCGCGCUGUAAGCGGCCGCCAGCCCCGGACCCGGGGGUCCCGCGUCUUGACAGUCGGGACUGCAUUCCAGAAGAGCUGAGCACAGCACCAUGGGGGUGCUGAUGUCCAAGCGGCAGACGGUGGAGCAGGUGCAGAAGGUGAGCCUGGCUGUGUCUGCCUUCAAGGAUGGGCUGCGGGACAGACCUUCCCUCCGACGCACAGGCGAGCUCCCAGGGUCCCGCCGCGGCACCGUCGAGGGCUCUGUCCAGGAGGUGCAGGAGGAGAAAGAAGCCGAGGCCAGCGGCCCGGUACUCCAGGACGAGAGCAGCGUCCCGCGGGGCGCCUGGGAACGGCUCCGAGAUGGGCGCGGGGUGGAGCCUGAGGACUUGGACAGGAGCAGCCGCUGCUUCACGCCGCCCGCCUACAUCCGGCCCACCCGCCAGCUGGACGAUGACAAGCCCCCCGACAUCUGCUUGGAGUCCAGAGACGCUAUUGUCAAUGAUGAGAUGUGUGACAUCUGUGAAGUCUGGACAGCCGAGAGCCUGUUCCCCUGCCGGAUCUGCUCCAGGGUCUUCCACGAUGGCUGCCUUCGCCGCAUGGGCUACAUCCAAGGAGAGAACAACGCAGAAGUGACCGAAACGGCCCACACGGACACAGGCUGGAGCUGCCACUACUGUGACAACCUCAACCUGCUGCUCACCGAGGAGGAGAUGUACAGCCUCAUGGAAACCUUCCAUCAGUGCAAAGUCAUCCCUGACUGCUCCCUGACGAUGGAGGACUUCCUACGCUACCGCCACCAAGCAGCAAAGCGGGGGGACAGAGAGAGGGCCCUCAGUGAGGAGCAGGAAGAGCUGGUGGGCCGCGAUUUCGCAGCCCUGGACCCUGAGCGUCGAGGCCACAUAGAAUGGCCGGACUUCUUGUCCCACGAGUCCCUCCUGCUCCUGCAGCAGCUGCGUCCCCAGAACUCUCUGUUAAGGCUUCUGACACCCAAGGAGCGUGAGCGAACCCGGGACGCGUUCCUGGCAAUAGGUGGCGGGGCCGCCAUCAGUGAGGCUGAGUGCCACCGCGCACAGCAUGCCUGGUUCUGCAAGCGCCCGGCAGAGGCCCCGUCCUGCAGCGUCAGUGUCAGCCAUGUGGGUCCCAUAGCCGACAGCAGCCCGGCCAGCAGCAGCAGCAAGAGCCAGGACAAGGCUCUGCUGCCCACUGAACAGGAGACCAGAUCCGUGGACUGGCCGACCUUCCUACGGGAGAAUGUCAUCUACAUCCUGGCUGCGCGCCCCAACAGCGCGGCCAUUCACCUAAAACCCCCAGGAUAGUGUGGAGCAGAGAAUGUCAGCCCGGGGAGAGGGGUGGCGUUCUCUCCCCGCACCCUUUCUCUCUCCCCUUCCCCCACCAAAGUCUGACAUGGAGACUCACGGGGAUGGAGCACUGCCAGCAUCUCAGUUUGUCACUCAGCUUCAUGACACGGAAAUCCCGUCCCCCCUCAUGCAGAAGCACCAUGUGCUGCCACAAGGCAGCUGGAGCUGAGGCUGCAUCUGCCCCAGCCCCUCCUACGCCAUCUCCUCGACUGAACCUGCCACUCACACACACACAGGCCGCGCUGUCCCUGGUUCCUUUGGGUUGAAAAAGGACCAAAGUCCCCUUGUGAUAAUCCCUUGGAGACUCUGCUUCCUCUGCCUGUGGCUUCUGUUGGCCAAACACUACAGAAGAAGGAAGCCUUGGGUUCUACACUCCCCUGAGUCGGCCCUGGCUCCUUCCUUCCUCCCUCCGGCCUGGAAGCUGUGUGUUUGAGAGGUAGGAAGAGGAUGAAACUCACACCCAUUGUUUCGAUAAUUCCAGUUCCCUGAAUGUGAGAGCCCUAGUCUGCGAGGCUCUACCAGAAAAAGGGGGGGCACCAGCCCCUCUCUGGGACCCAGAGUUCUAGGGAUUUCCUGGGAAGACAUCCAAGUGCAGAAGACUAGCAGGUCACUUAAUCCACAGGUGUGAGCGAGUCAUCUUGGCCACUGCUCAUGGCCUCGAGUCCCAGGGGCCUAACUAGAACAGGUGAGGUGGAAUCCCCACCUCUGCAUUAGAUGCUUCACCCAAACACCCAGAACCCGGGCCACAGGGUCCAGAUGGAGAGAAGACCCGUGUUUUCCCCACAUUCCGACUCAACUCAGCUGUAGACUAGAAGCGUCUGCUGCCGUGUGGCAAAGGAGCCAGCCUCUCCUGCCGCCCAGUGAAUAGCACCACGGACGCCUGAGCACAACACCCCCUCGCCGCCCUGACCAUGAGAGUGAGAAGCCGGUGCCAAGAUGAUCCGCAUCUCAGCCCUCUUGAGCAGAGAGAGUUCCAGCCGAGGGAAGCACUUCCUUCUCCCCAUUCUUAGAUGCUGCCUUUCCCCAGGGCUCACAACAUCCUUUCCUGCCAGGUUGCAAGCACCUCGGCGGAGCAGGAGGGGACUUGGAGGACAAGAAGAGGUCCCCAGGGACACUGUGUCUGGCCUCUAAACCCCAGCUUCCCCUCCUUCCUGAGUCCUCCUCAGAUUCCUGAGUCAGCCAGCAGGGCCCCAGGUUUCCCCUUCCAGCCUAAUGACAGGGUUUGCCUUCUCUGAUGGCUGAGUGUUGAUGGAGAGGUUUGGUCCCACUGACACUCACAGGCCCCAUGGCUUACAGUCCUUAGAGAAAACUGGGCACUCCUGACGGUGGUAGGUGCAGUGCUGAGAGUCGGGAAAGGAAGGGGCUGCAAGUAGGGGCCCAGUCAGAGAACUGUGGGUGCCCUCCCUUGGAAAAUGCCUGUUACACAAGCAGGUUAAGAAGCUUUUUCAAGACUUCAACUGAGAGGAAUGAAUCUUGGUUCAUGCAGAUGAGCCUCAAACCUUUCCAAGCCCACAGCUAUUCUGUAAAUACUCCUUAGCCAUACUCCCAAGGAUGGUCAUUAUCCAAUCUAACCAAAACAAACAAAACCAAGCACAUUACUCUUGGGCCCAAGAACUGCAUCCGAAGCAGCUGAGCCCAGGGUUUUGCACUGAGAUGAUGAAAGCACAUUAAGCCCAGGGGCUUAUGCUAACUUUCCUGGCAAAUGCUCCUCUGUCCCAGUACUUUGGGGCUCCCUGAUCCCCCGCAGGCAGGCCUCUCUUGAGUUGAGAUGAGCUCUGGGCUUUGAGAGCUAGACAGACCUGCUCGCCAGCCCCUCUAGCUCUCUGAUCCUGCGCAGGUCAAGGUGACGCCCCCCUGUCUGCAGCAGCCGUGACUCACCCACGGCUGCAGUACCCCAAACCAGGCAGGCUCCUUCCAUUGGGCUUGCCUCUUUGCUGGGACAUGAGCCUCCUUGUUCACAAGGUGAGGCAGAGGACCUGGGUGGGGGCACUGCCCUCAGCAAUAGCGCUUCCAAUCCACAAGAGCUGCAGGAACCUGGAGGGCGGCUUGGAGCCACUUUUCCAUAGGCAUUUCGCAUUUUACCAAAGGGGGCGGGGUUCCCAUUGCUUCCCCAGACCAGAGCUUCAGAAGCUGCAUCUCAGCCCUCCCUUUGUAGUGUGCAAAUCUGUGGAGUCCUUUGCAGUACAUAUGGAGACGUGCAAACUUUUAUCACCCUAGUGAAGCCCCCCUUUCCUUAUCAAGCCCCCUCCCCCCAUCACUGUGACUAUCUGAAAUUCUGCUCAGUAUGGAAACUCCUGUCUAAGGGAAAGGAAUGUGUUUCAUGCUCUCCUUGGCUGCCCUAAAUUCAAAGCAGUAUUUUUUCCAAGCGUCCCCUACUCCACCCGAGAGACUGGGGUAACCCCAACCUUGGAAGACAACUUGCCCUCAACCUGUUUUUCAUCCAGCAGUUCUCUUCCCCAGCCUCAUUUAAACAUGAGGCGGCCGGAUGCCUGGAGUGGGGGGUGGGGGAGCCUGCAGGGACAGGUGAGUCAUGGCUGUGGCCACAUAACCUCCAGGGCUGCUCUGUGGCUUCCUCUUCUAAGACCAACUUUCCCCAAAGUUGCAGGCUCUGUGCUUUUGAGCAAGGGCAUCUUUGGGGUCCAGGGAUGAUGCUCACUCCUGGGUUCUGACCCACUCACAAGUGCUCUGUCUUAGAGGAUGGCCACAGCUGAAGCCAUGACAGAUGGCCUGUCCCGCCUCUCAGCCCCAGUGCCAGGCUGCAGGGCAAACACUAGCCUUUCUAGUGCUGGUGCUCCCCAAACAACAUCACCCUUGCCUUGUCUGAGUGGCCAAAUCUGGGGGUCCCCCGCUCCUUCCACCUGUAUGGGAAGAACAGCAUAAACUGUCUUAGAGAGGGCACCUCACUGUGGGCUGAGGCCAGCACUGUGCCCAGAUCUCGGCCCAAAGCACGGCCUCACCAGCGGCGGGUUUUGUGACUUCAGGAAGUGGCCUCAGGAAGCCCAAAAGACAAGAAGCCCUGGGAAGACCCCAAGCUAUCCGACAGUCAAGGGUAAUCUCAGGAUUGAGAAUGGAUGGCAACCACGUCCCCCUCAAACCAGCAGAGCAAAGUCAGGGAGAGACUCGCACUGAAAGACAAGUCACCUAGAAGCCAGAAUUUCAGGACCCCUUGACAGGCCUGGGUUCAUGUGUCCUUGUUGCCUAUUUACAGUGGGAGAACUGUCCCUGUGCCACUGCACUGGGUUUUGUCCAGUUUUUUUUUCUGGGGUUCUCAGCUACAGCCCAGACAUCUUUACAUUGGGGUUAUUAAUGCUUGGCCCCUGGCAUGAGGUGGGUCCGGGCACUUUCCCUGCUGCCACCACUGUAGGCAACCUGGAAAGAAAAGAGAAAAGUUCUAGAAUUCCCUCCAGGCCAAACUAGUGAAGAUAAGUUUUCCUCAGAGCCACAUGCCUCCUCCCUACGCCCCCCGCCAAGACUUGGAUUGUGUAGAGGUGCCUGGUCAGAUCUGGACCAGUGACUAAGAAACUCAAUCCGAUCCCAGACUGGAGACUAAGUUGGUGUGGCCAAGGAUGAAAACACCAAGGCACAAGCAGCACGAUGGCCCCGUAUGCUUGGGGAAACAAAGGCCUGUAAGUUUAGCCUCUUUAAGAGACAGCAUAGAAUCUGUCUUCCAGCCACACACUGGUGACAAGGGUUGGUAUUACUGAUCUCUGGAGAGUCUGUCUCUCUGGCCCCUCAUGUGUAUCCUGCUAUUUGCUGUAGACUUGAACUCGGCAGUAAGUGGAGAGGAACAGCACCCCCCUCACACACCCCACUACCACCACCCAGAGCCCUGUCUUCUCUCCAGUUGCAUGUUCCUCCCUGUGGCUUAGCCCCUCCCUCCAGAAGGAGCUGAUGCUCCCGGAGGUUGGCACAGUGGAAUCAUAAUAAAGAUCGUAAUGCUA